AUGACCAACACAAAAUCAAGACAAAGUUUACCACAAUGGAUUUUACGUUUAUUAGGUUAUUCGUCACUAGCAGCUGCUUUAGUGAGUGUAGCCAUUUACCUCUAUAGACGUAGCAAUGGAAGACCAAGACAAUCAUUGCCUCGACCUGAAGAUGAUACUAACACAAACAAUCGAAGUAAUAGCAAGAAGAGGAAACGAGUGACUAUUUCAUUAAAAAAUACAAUUUUAUGGAAUCCAUCAUCAGACGUAGCUAUACCUAAUUAUGCAUUUCAUGAACAUGGACAAACAUUAUUAUCACAAUUAAUUCAACAUCAUGAAGUAUAUAUUAUCAUUCAUGUGACAAGUGAAGAAGAACAAGAAGAAAUGAAGAAAUUACUUGAAUCCUUAGAAGGAUUGGAUUUACGCAAGGUAUUAUUUUGCUCAACGGAAGAAGGUAAAGUACAUCUUAUUCGACAUUUGGAACCUCAAUUACAUAUCGAAGGUGGAUGGGAAUACGAUGAUGGUGAAGAUAUGAUACGAAAAUUACGACCUUUUGUAUCUAAAUUGAUUUGGGUUAUCACCAAGCGAAGACGAAGUUCAUUCAAUCAAUCUACUCUUAAAGAAGAUGAUCAAGGUAUUUUGGGUUCUAAUGUGGAAUUGACGGAUCAUAUUUUGGAUACUUCUUUAGCUCGUGAACUUGGAUUUAUUUUAGAUUAA